AUGAGAAACCACUGUCGUGUUUCAUUGGUUCAAGCAUCAACGACGGUAAAGGCAUCGGAAAAUCAUGAUCAUAAACAACUGAAACCCUUUAAAGAAAUCCCAGGUGAAGGCUCAUCCAGUUUUGUAUCAGGUGUUCUUUAUGCGGUGAAAGGAUGGCGUUCUGGCAGUGCAUCUCGUCAACCAUGGCCAGCUUAUGAUAAAUGGGAAAACAAAUAUGGGACAUUAUACAAGAGAGUGUUUGGAAAAACCGUUUCAGUAUUUAUCACGGAUGCCAAUGACAUAGAGAAGGUUUUUCGAAGUGGCGGGUCGACGCCAAUACGAUUUGAGCACACGUUUUUCGACAUUCUUAGUGCAUGGCGAUUUUAUAAACAAACUAAAGGAUUGCCCCUUGGAACGUUGACAGCUGAUGUUGAUUUUUGGCAUCGCCAACGAAAACAAUUAAGUAGGAAGAUGCUACGCCCAAAGGAAGUUGCCAAUUAUACAGAUGAAGCCAAUGCGAUUGUCACAGAAUUCAUGCAAGCCUUGUAUCAGAAAAGAAAUAAGAGGAACUUUGUUGACAAAUUUGAGGAUUUGACCUUUUUGUGGUCAUUAGAAUUUAUCAUUACGGUGCUGUUCAGCAAAAAGCUGCAUUUACUAACUGGUACAGUUGAUCCCGAUGCCAAAAAAGUUAUCGAUGGAGUUGACGAUAUUUUCAAGACGACUGCAGAAUUAUUUAAAUUCCUCGUAAAAUACCAUGCAAUGGUGAACACCAAAGUGUGGCAAAUACACUCAAAUGCCUGGGAUGCUAUUUUUGAUUUUGAGAAAAAGAUAAUAUCGGAAAAGGAAGAAGAAUUAAAACUUGCUGUGGAGAGAGGAGAUGAAAUGGAGUCUGUUGAUAUAGACUUAAUUACACAACUCCUGACAAACAACAAUCUUUCAAAAGAAGAAAUCUACUCAGUGUUGUCAGAAGUGCUGCUUGGUAGUAUAGACACGACAUCCAACACUCUACAUUGGGCUCUUUACCUUGUUGCAAACAAUCCAUCAGUACAAGACAGACUUUAUGAAGAAGUAAGCAGUGUGGUUCCAGAAGGUGAAGUGCCAAGCAACAAACAUUUAAGUCAAAUGCCAUAUAUGAAAAGUGUUGUCAAGGAAACGCUAAGGUUAUACCCUGCUAUACCUUAUAUAAAUCGGACAAUGAGAGAGGAUAUUGCCCUCCAAGGCUAUCACAUACCUGCUGGGACACCCUUGUUAUUGUUACUUUAUAAGACGAGCAGAAAUGACAAAUAUUUCAAAGAUCCACUUCAGUUCAAGCCAGAGAGAUGGUUAGCAAAAGAAACAAAUGUCACAUUUGCUUCAAUGCCAUUUGGAUUUGGACCCAGAAUGUGCAUUGGCCGACGACUGGCAGAACUACAGCUGCAUCUUGUCUUACCCAGGAUUUCAAGGCACUUUAUAUUGGAAAGUACAACAGAGGUGCAGCACAAAAUGGAGUUGACCAUCAAACCAGACAGGGAUUUAAAUCUUAAAUUUAUUGAUAGGCGUACGAUUUAAAUGUUUUUGUGUUCCAAUGAGAGUUAGUAGUGAAAUACCUGAGAAUUAUAGAUAAUUUGGAAAUACAUGUAUGUAGCCAUCCAUGCUUCAUAAGUCCCUGUUCGAA